CGCCCGGGCCGGGAGGCGGCUCCGGCCAGCCCGCAGCACCAGCCGCCGCCGCGCCGGGAAAAGUUUGUUUGCAGGAGUUUGGGGCGCGCCAUGGAGGCGCUGCGCUCGGCGGGCCGGGCCAUCAUCCGGAGCCCCAGCGCCGCCAAGCAGUCCUGGGGCAGCGGCAAGCACAAGAAGCUACCAGAAAACUGGACCGACACCAGAGAGACCCUACUGGAGGGAAUGCUCUUCAACCUAAAGUACAUGGGCAUGACGUUGGUGGAACAGCCCAAAGGAGAAGACCUCUCAGCAGCUGCUGUCAAAAGAAUUGUGGCAAUGGCUAAAGCACGUGGCAAGAAACUGCAGAAAGUUACCCUGAAGGUAUCUCCCAGAGGGAUUAUCCUAAAUGACAGCGGAACUAACGAAUUGAUAGAAAACGUCUCGAUAUACAGGAUCUCUUAUUGCACCGCAGACAAGAGCCACGAUAAAGUGUUUGCCUACAUUGCUCAGAGCCAGCACAACGAGAACCUGGAGUGUCACGCUUUCCUCUGCCCCAAACGGAAACUGGCCCAGGCAGUUACCCUAACAGUAGCUCAAGCGUUCAAAGUAGCGUUUGAGUUCUGGCAAGCAUCCAAGGAAGAGAAAGAAAAGAGGGAAAAGUCCAUCUCUGAGGGAGAAGGUGCAAGUGGCCCAAACUCAGAAGAUCCUGCCUGCCUUAAAGCAUCAGUUGCCACAGGGAACCUGUUGGACUUCGAAGAUGCUGCCAAAUCUCCCCUGCCUGUCAGCACGAACGCCGCACACGUAGAUGAGUUGGGUCCAGACUUCUCAUCUGAGAAUAACAACAUAGUCUGGGAAAUGGAUGAUGGGCUCGAGGAGGCAUUUUCAAGACUUGCUCAGUCUAGAACCAACCCUCACGUGCUGGACACUGGCCUGACUGCUCAAGAUAUCCAGAGCGCGGAAACCCUCUCUCCUGUAGACUGGGACAAAAUUGAUUCAAAUGCGGCAGAGAAAGACGACCUGUUUGGGUUCUGAAGAGCUCCUCCUCCACCGAACAGUUUGCAGUAGAGUAACCACUUAAAGUAAAAGGACUGAAUGCGAACCCUUCUGGGUGAAGUUCUGGAGGGCUUUCUUGAAGGGUAGGUUUCACCAUUCUUACAGAUGCUGUUAUCACACCAACAACUGCUUAGACCAAAGCUUUAGACAUUUAAUACAUUUUUUUUAACCUUGCUUUUUAUCUAAACAACGAGAUGCUCGUGAAUAUAUUUAUUCAGUAACCGUUACAGUUUACAUAUAUUAUGGAAGAUAAUUUUGUAUGGAUCCAGCAAUGUAACGUGUACAGUCUUAGAUGGCAAUAUACUGAUGAAAGAGUAUUCAGCAGAGCUUGCUGUCUUCCAAAAAUGACUAUCCAGCACCAAAGACUCUUUAGCGUGUACAUAUUUUUCUAGAUUCCUGAACAUAUAAUUGCAAUUGUAAGCACAACUGUUACUCAUCCCUUGCUUUUAAAACAACUCCUAGUUCUGCAGUUGUCCUCUUGCAUUUCACCUUCUUGAUCAACUGGGAGGGAAAGAACUACAACAGCUGAUAGCAGUAUUAAAAUCAGAGGUAACAGGUUUUAUUUUCCUUGUGAAUGUCUGUGAUAAAGCCCCAUAGUUGUCAGCCAUCAGUAAUGGGUUGUCUGACACUUUGCUAGCUUUCAGAUUGGAGUUGGCACACUUACCCAAAAGAGUCGGAGCUUUUCACUUUAAAAGCCUGAACUGAAAGUAUGGCCCAAAAUGUCAAAACAAGCUGGGUGUUCAUCUGUAACCUCUCUUCUCACCCAGAAGCUACUGAUCCAAAAACCACCGCAAUAUUGCAGGUCUGUAUCUCACAACCGACCUCUCACACUUGUAAUAUUUUUUUCAUUAUGACUCUAAAUCUGAAGACUUCAGUCGCAAAAAGGUUCUCUGGUAACACUUGGCUUUUGAUUGUACAUUGAAAAUUGCAGGUUGGAUUGAACCAGUUGCACAAUAGGUUAAUGCUUAAACACUGGCUGCCUCUUACUGUGUACACCUCUAUCUGGUCUCCAUACCAAUCUCUCUCUAGUGGAGCCACUUAGUAGACUGAGGUAGAAUUGGAUUAAGUGAAACCAAUAUUUACCUGGAUGUUCUUCCAAGGGAAAAAAAAUCCCCUGUAUGCUAUUUUGAUGAUUAUCCUUCCAAGACCUACACUUCCUGAGAAGCUGAGAGAAAAAUGCCACUCCUUAAUCUCCUGUACUUCAAGAUUUGAAAAUAAAUAAUGGUGAUAUAAGGAUUAUGUUAAUUAAAAGAUUAAACUUAAUGAGUGCACAGACACAGUUUGCAGUGUGUGUGGCCUUGUGAGGAAUAUACUAAUCUGUUUUAUAGAUUUGUAACUCAGUUCUGAAACACUAUGUGGGGAAUGAAUUCGGCUUUUUAUAAGUCUCCUAACAUUGUACAAAGUAAAAAUAAAUAAAUAAAUCUCUCAGGGGAGAGGAAAAUAAUUGUAUUCGGAAACAGCUGAAUGACUCUUAACUUACAGACGGUGCAUUUUAUAAGGGGUACUGCGAUAUGCUAAGGGGGAGCUGUAAAGCUGACUCAUCAUGUCUACUAUAAAACCUUGGUGCUCCUUUCUCCUGCAAAAGCAAUCUUGCAUCUUGUUUGGUCUCAUCGGUGGCACUAAUCUCUUGCAAAUAGAGGAGUUGCACACUAAGUUUUGUAUAUCUGCUGUAUGUCGAUGGUAUAAACAGCCUCCAGAUUAAGCAAAGCUAGCUGAAGGCAAGCACCCUGCUCUCUGAUUCAUUGGGGGAGUUGUGAUAUAUUUUUUUUUCCCCCUAAAAGAAUUUUUUGUUGCACGAACCAUGAGGAUUCAGCUAUACAUUCAUCUCUUUUUCUCUAGAGAUCCUUGGAGUAUAUACUUAGAUCUAGUAUUCUGCAUAUAUGUACAUAGUCUGAAACCCUUUGCUGUAAAAAAUAUCUGUACUAAUAAAAGUUCUACCUUUUU